AUGGAGAGCCAGCGCUGCUUCGCCAACCGCUUCGAUGACUACCCGGGCAGCCCGGAGGCGGCGCCGGACAAGGAGGCGGCGGUGCCGCUAGUGACGGCCACCAUCGAACGGAUCCUGCGGGAGCUGCCGCCCCUGGGCGGCCCCCGCGGCUGCCAGGGCGGGCUGUACGGCGGCGUGGCCGGCGUGGCCUACAUGCUGUACCACGUCGCGCAGUGCCCGCUGUUCGCGCCGUCGCGGGAGGCCUACCUGCGGGCGGCUCGCCGCGUCGUGGACGCCUGCCUGCGGUACCAGGAGGGCAGCGGCGAGGCCGACGCUGACACCCGCGCCGCCUUCCUGCUGGGGGGCGCCGGGGUGUACGCGGUGGCCGCACUGGUGUACAAAGCCCUGGGGCUGCCCGACUUCGCCCGGCCGCUGGGCAAGUUCCGGGAGCUCAGCGAGGUCUGCACCCCGCUCUCCUUCCUCGAGUGCGGCUCGGACGAGCUCUUCGUCGGCCGCGCCGGGUACUUGUGCGCCGCCCUGGUGCUGAAGCAGCGGCUGGGCAUGGAGGUGCUGACCCCAGCACAAAUAAAAUCAAUUUGCCUGGCCAUACUAGAAUCGGGAAAGCAGUAUGCAGUGAAGAAGCGGAAACCAUUCCCACUCAUGUAUUCCUACUAUGGAACAGAGUACCUUGGCGCAGCUCAUGGGCUUUCAUCUAUCCUUCAGAUGUUACUUUCCUAUUAUGAGUACCUGCAGCCAGCAGAUCAGGAGCUUGUGUGGCAGAGCGUUGAUUUUCUUAUGGACCAAGAACAGAACAGCAACUGGCCUCCUGAGCUGGGAGAGACAAUCGAGCGGGAGAAUGAGCUUGUACACUGGUGUCAUGGAGCUCCAGGCAUUGCAUACCUGUUUGCCAAAGCUUACCUGGUUUCCAAGAAGCCUCAAUAUCUGGACACUUGUAUCCGCUGUGGAGAGCUAACUUGGCAGAAAGGCCUGUUGAAGAAGGGACCUGGAAUAUGCCAUGGAGUGGCUGGUAGUGCUUAUGUGUUCCUGCUGCUCUAUAGGCUCACUGGAAACUCAAAAUACAUAUACAGGGCACAAAGGUUUGCAGAAUUCUUAUUUACAGAAGAAUUUAAGGCUGGUUCCCGGGCAUUAGAAAGUGUAUAUAGUCUGUAUGAAGGUUUCUCAGGAACUGUGUGUUUCCUGACUGACUUACUGCAACCCAACCAAGCCGAGUUUCCUCUCUUCAGUGUCUUUGUCUAG